AUGAAGUUCGCAGCUGCUACUAUUGCCGCCUCGGCCUUUUUGCUUGGCUCCCAGGUCGCAGCCAACCCCAUCCAGAAGCGUGACAUUCCUUCCUCCUUCUACUCGAACAUGGCCAUCGAUGGUUCAAUCUACUCCUUCGCCGACGAUGCCAGCUGCAAUGAGAUUUUCUACACCGCUGGCAGCUGUGGAUUGUCUACCUACUUCACCUCCGAGAUCCCUAGCUCGUCAACCAUUCCCUUGGUCGCCAUGGCAUCUGCGGUCAUGAGCCAGUUCGGCGCUUCCCAGAACAACGAACUCUGCGGAAAGACAAUCGAAAUCACCGGAGCCAACGGCGUUACCGUACAAGCAGCUAUUGCUGACACCGCUGGUGCUGAUAUCAUUGAUAUGUGCCUCACCUUGUGGGAGGAUUUCGGUGGUGUUGACGGCGACGGAACCAUCAUGACUGGCUCCAACGGCCUUGAAUGGCACCUCGUUUAG